AUGUCCGAGCUCACCUUUGCCAAAUCUUUCCUCUCGACAUUGGACUCGCGUCCUAUCAAGCUACGUGGGGAUCACGUCUUUGAUCCGGAACGAGUCGGUUUGCGCGUGCCGUACACGCUUCCCCGCCUCCAUGCCCCGCACCCUGAGAUGCCCAAGAAAGUCAAGAAGACACAGGCACCAGGCUCCUCCAAGUCUAUCAAUAUCCGCAUAAAAUCUGCCCGCAACCCCGUUCUUGAUUUCAUCAUCGCCAAUGCCCCUCUUUCUACAACUAGCGUUCAAGACCUUCGGGAUGCCGUCCGUGGGCGUGUCGCUGAUACGCAAGGAAACCCUGUUCCGCUGGACAAAAUCAAGGUCCUGUAUCAUCGCAAGCCCGUGAGUGGAACAAGCAAGACAGUGGCGGAGGUUCUGGCCGAUGAACCAGAGAUGCUGGCUGGAGGUAAGGAGGUUGAGUUCGGCGUUAUGAUCAUUGGAGGUGCUAAGACUGUCGAUGCGGUCGAGUCUCAAACAGAAGGUGCGCAAAUGCGAGAUGUGUCUCCGCCCAAGGCGGCAGUGGGACCAAGUGGUAGAGAGAUACUCCAGACCGAUGCGUUCUGGAAUGAUCUCCGAGGCUAUCUGCAGCAGCGGUUGAAGGAUGAGGAAGAGGCGAAUCAUUUGAGUAUGCUGUUUAAGAAUGCCUGGGGCUCGUCUCAGUAA